UAUCCAGUACAAGAUUAUCUACAUAAAAUAUAAAAGCUUUGUGGGUCUCUUCGAAGUCCUCUGAGAUCUACUGCCUGUGUAGGACUUUAGAUUAGGAGAUAGAGAUUGGAAGAGAAACUGAAACAGAACAUUAUAAGUGAAAGGGAAGGCUCACAGAGGAAGGUUGAGGAUUGAUGCCAAAGGCAGAGUACCGAAUGAUUGGAGCGGUUGAAGUUCGUUCCAUGGAUGGAGUUGAGACCGUCUGUUAAUUUUGCUCUGUAAUUAUAGUAAUUGGCUCGAAGUUUCGCGAGGAUUGUAUGGACACUCUUGUUUAUUCUCAGGAUAUGAAUAGAAAAUUUAGUGGGCUAAAGUUUACCAUGCAAUGGAAACCAAUUGGAUGUGGUUUAAUGAUAAUGUAGUAGCCAUUUGGAAAAGUUAGGUUUGAUCUCCGCAACUGUAUUAGAAUAGCCUGCGCUACUUAUCUGGAUCUUCAUUUGUUGCACUUUCUUUACCUAUUUAUGUCCUCCAAAGACAGUAGAUUGGGUUCAUGUAUUGUGGCAUAUUAAGUUGGUGCUAGUGCUUUUUUCUCUCCUGCUGCCUCGGUUUGUGAGUCUAGUUUUGCAGAGUAGUUCAGGAAGGCCAUCCGUAAUCCAUUGGACUGGAAAUUUGGUUUCUCCUAGAGUUGAUAGCUAUGGAAUCCGCCAAUCCUAAUGCUAACAUUAUACCGGGUGUUCUACAGCGGUUGAUUCCUGUUGUUGGACCUGUGCUUCUGAUUUCAGUUGGAUAUAUUGACCCUGGAAAGUGGGCAGCAACUGCUGAAGCAGGUGCCUGUUUUGGAUCUGAACUUGCAGCAUUGAUGCUUAUUUUCAAUUUGGCAGCUAUUUUAUGUCACUAUCUGUCAGCUCGGAUUGGUGUAGUCACAGGAAGAGAUCUUGCACAGAUAUGCAGUGAGGAGUAUGACAAAGGCACUUGCAUAUCCUUAGGAAUUCAAACUGAGGUUUCUGCGAUCCUGUCAGACCUAACCAUGGUCCUCGGCAUUGCACAUGGGCUUAAUCUUCUGUUUGGUUGGGACUUGUUCACUUGUGUCUUUUUGACUGCUGUUAAUGCCGUUCUAUACCCUCUUUUUUCCACCUUCCUGGAAACUUGCAAGGUGAAGGUUGUAUGCAUAUAUGUUACAGGAUUUAUACUCCUUUCCUUUGUUCUUGGAGUAAUUAUCAGUCAACCAGAAAUGCCCCAUUCCAUGAAUGGGAUGCUAACAAAGCUGAGUGGGGAGAGUGCAUUUGCACUGAUGAGCCUUCUUGGAGCCAGCAUAAUGCCUCACAGUCUGUAUUUUCAUUCUUCUAUUGUGCAGCAAUAUCAGCAGCAGGCAACUGUUCCCAAGGGUGCUUUGUGUCAUAACCAUUUAGUUGCCAUCAUAUGCAUCUUCAGUGGUAUUUAUAUGGUGAAUUAUGUCCUUAUGACCUCAGCAGAAAAUUUAUUCUACAGUCCAGAGGCAAGUUCAGGGCUUGUUCUUACGUUUCAGGAUGCAAUGUCACUAAUGGAACAGGUCUUUUGGGGUCCAAUAGUGCCGGCUUCCUUCUUACUGGUUCUCGUUCUGUCAAAUCAAAUUACAACAUUAAGCUGGAGUCUGGGUGGGGAAGUAGUCCUGAAUGAAUUUUUGAAAGUGGACCUUCCUGGUUGGCUUCAUUGUGCUACAAUCAGAAUUAUUGCCAUUGUUCCAGCCCUUUAUUUUGUUUGGAGUUCGGGAGCUGAAGGAAUGUAUCAACUGCUUAUAUUCACACAAGUUUUGGCAGCUCUGCUACUGCCACCUUCUGUGAUCCCUAUUUUUCGAAUUGCUGCUUCAAGACCAAGAAUGGGCGUCCAUAAAAUUUCUCAAUUUGUUGAAUUCUUAUCCCUGAUUACGCUUAUUGGGAUGCUUGGAUUGAAAGUUAUAUUUGUAGUAGAAAUGAUUUUUGGGAAUAGUGAAUGGGGUGGUAUCUUGAGGUCGAACAGUGGUAGUAGUAUGUCACUAUUCCUCACUGCUUGUGCAUCAUUUUGUUUGAUGAUUUGGCUGGCAGCUACCCCAUUAAAAUCUGCGAGUGUCCGACUAGAGGCUCAGGUGUGGAACUGGGAACUGAAGGGUACAUCAGAUUUGUUGAAAAAUGAAGAGGAGAGUAAUAUAGCUGGACCUCAGUAUCAGAGAGAGGCAAGUGUCCAGAACCAUGAACCAUCACCAUCAUUUGGGUUGGAUGCUGAUUCAGAAGUUGCAAAUUUUGAUCUUGAUCUGCCUGACACUAUCGUGGAGGCUGAUCAGGAACUUAACCAAACAACUGUAGCGGAGAAUAGUAAUUCUCAUAUUACCUUUCCUAGCUCCCCUAAAAGCUGCAUGGAGGGAUCCACAUUUGCAGUGGAGUCAGUUCCAGUCGCAACUGUCGUUAAUGAUGUUUCUGAUGUCACAUUGGAGGACACCAGUGCACUGAAGGUCAAGUCAACAGAAAUUGAGAAGACAGUUGAAGUUGAAGGAGUUGAAGGAGACUUACCAACUGAAAAAGAUGACGAUGAGGGAGAUAACUGGGAGCCUGAAGAAUUAUCAAAAGGGGUUUCUGGGAGCACUGCACCAUUGGCCUCCGAGGGAUCAGGAUCCUUUAGGAGUCUAAGUGGAAAAGGUGAUGAUUUGGGGAGCAGUGCAGGAAGCCUUUCAAGAUUAGCAGGGUUGGGGCGUUCUGCAAGACGUCAACUAGCUACUAUGCUUGAUGAAUUUUGGGGACAACUGUAUGAUUUCCAUGGGAAUGUAAUUCAAGACGCAAAGGCUAAGAAGCUGGACCUUUUGUUGGGAUCAGAUUCAAAGGCGGUGUCCUCCUCGCUGAAAGUUGAUACUGAUGCAAAAGAAUCUUUGGGAUACUUUCCAUCUCUAGGAGGCAGAGGAUCUGAUUCUCUUAUCAACUCAAGUUUAUAUGACUCUGCAAAGCAGCAUAGGGUUCAAAGCAGUUUAGAGUCAUAUGCGGUCCAAAGGGGAUCUUCCCCAUUGUUGCCCAGCCACAUGCAGUUGUUAGAUGCCUAUGUACAAAGUUCAAGCCGUAGUAUUAUUGACUCUGAUGAGAGGCACUAUUCAAGUGUGUGCAGUAUCCCAACUUCUGAGAGUGGUGGGAAGCGCUAUCCAAGUAUGCGCAGUAUCCCAACUUCUGAGAGUUGGGAUUACCAGCCAGCUACAGUACAUGGUUAUCAGAUUGCAUCAUAUCUCAAUCGAUUGUCAAAGGAAAAAAAUUUUGAUAACUUGAACGGUCAAAUGGAGCCAUCAAUCCUAAAGUCCGGUUCUUCGUUGGGUGCUGGAAACUACAGAGAUUCACUUGCAUUUACCAUGGGGCAGAAGUUGCAAAAUGGGUUAGGAUCUGGUCAGGCCUCCAAUUUUCAGAACUUUACAGUAUCUAGAAAUAGUCCAAUGCAAUCUGAAAGACCGUAUUAUGAUCCAUGCUCUUCUGGAAUUGUUGAGAAUGUGGUAAGUCCAGCCAAUGCAAAGAAAUACCAUAGUUUACCAGACAUUCACCGGGAGCUUUACAUGCCUGAUAAAAAUGCUAACUGGGAAAGUCCUCUCGGGUAUGGAUCAUCUGCUGGGAUGGCUGGUUAUGAAUCAUCCUUUUAUUCAAAUUCUGGGGCACGAACAAGAGCUCCUUUGGCUUUUGAUGAACUCUCUCCAAAUGUCUACAAUUCUCUGUCAUCACAACAGAGUUCUACUUUUAACGCUGGUUCACUCUGGUCUAGACAGCCUUUUGAGCAGUUUGGUGUGGCUGAUACUAGUCGUACUAUUGGUAGUGGAAUUGGUAAUAGGGUAGGUUCAGUAAAUCAAGAAACUACUUCAGUUGCAUAUUCAGAGGCCAAGCUUCUUCAGUCUUUCAGGCAUUGCAUUGUGAAGCUUUUGAAAUUGGAAGGGUCGGACUGGUUGUUUACACAGAAUGAUGGGGUUGAUGAGGAUCUAAUUGAUCGUGUGGCUGCAAAGGAGAAAUUUCGUUAUGAAGCUGAAACUAGAGUGAUAAAUCAAACAGGUCAAGUGGGCGAGCUUCAGUACUGUUCUUCAGAUACGGAGUCUGCUUCAGCAUUGAAGAAUAAUGAUUCGAGUUAUAUUAUGAUUUCCUCAGUUCCACAUUGUGGGGAUGGUUGUAUAUGGAAGGAAGAUUUGGUAGUAAGCUUUGGGGUUUGGUGUAUCCAUCGCAUUCUUGAUUUGUCACUUAUGGAAAGCCGGCCAGAGCUAUGGGGGAAAUAUACCUACGUCCUCAACCGACUUCAGGGGAUUAUUGAUUCGGCAUUUUCAAAGCCUCGUUCUCCAAUGUCACCAUGCAUCUGCCUUGAAGUUCCCACGGCACACCAGCUGCAAUCGAGUCUGUCAUUUUCUAAUGGAAUACCUCCUCCUGCGAAACCAGCCAGGGGAAAAUGCACAACGGCAGUAACGCUUCUAGACAUAAUCAAGGAUGUGGAGAUUGCAAUCAAUUCUCGAAAGGGCCGAACAGGGACAGCAGCUGGUGAUGUAGCUUUCCCGAAGGGAAAAGAAAAUCUGGCAUCUGUCCUCAAACGCUACAAGCGUAGAUUAUCCAACAAAACUGUUGGCACUCAUGAGGGUCCUGGUUCGGGCAAGUCUCUGACAUCUGCUCCUUAUGGGUAAAUAACUCUCAGUUUCAUACACAGACACAGUAUGUCUCAACUGGGCUAUCGAGCUGUUUGAUUCUGGAAAACGGCUAAUCUUCUGGAUCGAAACGCUCAGUUAAGACAGUUUCUCUCACUGUAUCAAAGCCGUCGCUGCAAUUUGUAUUUCCUAGUAUUUUAACAUAUACAUAGGUAAGAAUUGCUGGAUCUGUAAUUGCAGCAUUAUCAAAGAAAAUGGGUGGAAGGUUGAAAAUUGGUUGUUGCAUAUUUUGAGUUACUUUGCCUGCUUGCUUGCAUCUGUUACUUUUUCCGAUAAGAUUGAAAUUCGAAAACGCCAGGGGUUUUUCGUUC